GCUCGAGGAACCGACACCAUUUAAAUACAAUUUCACCUUGAUACACGAAACAUGGCCAACAGUCUUCUUCAACGCUACGAUACCCAAAACCAAUUUUACAAGGAGCCCGAAGGAUACCGUCAGACUCAAAAAACCAAUUCUUCCCCAACCUCAAGUCAUGCCGCCCUCUGUGCCUUGGCCGGAAACUAACGACACGGUGCGGUAUUUAGUUUAUCUAUGCGAUGGCCGAAAUAUGUGCGGCGGUAUGGGCGACCGACAGAGAGGUCUAGUCGCUGUCUACGUCUUGUCUAGGAUGGUCAACCGGCGGUUUGGUAUGAUAAUGAUAAGUCCUUGUAACAUCACCCAUUUCUUCAUGCCGUUUAAAACACAGUGGAUACCACCACCAGACCUUGAACGACCGUCUAAAAAUAACACCAUCAUUACAAUGACACCAGAGGGGAGAAUGUUGUUUACAAAUCUUUCGGCUGGAGAUUUCAACGAGUUAUUUCCUCAAACAGUGUUGUACAUCAAAACAAAUUCAGAUCUGUUCGCCUUUAUUAGCAAAAACCCAUUUUACCUGAGUGUAUUGAAGCAAUGGAAUGGCCUGUAUAACAACAGGAAUCGAUUUCACUGGGCGUGGGGCCAACUCAUGCAGCCCACCUCCACACUCGUGGCGGAUCUGGUAUCGAUACUUGGGGUGAACUUCCUCAAAAAGAAAGGUCUACUUCCGGUUGAAAGUCAACCACCGGAAGUAAAAUCUCUGUACAAUGUUGGUAAUUCUAGCCUCAUCUGUGCGCAUGCUCGUGUGGGUCAGAAUCCAUCCAACCCCUACGACGGUGCCUUCACAGCUGUCACUGUUGAAGAUUUGCCGGUGUUGCAUAGGUUCAUGCUAUCAAAAGACACUAACGGGGACGCCAUGUUUUAUGUAGCAACAGAUUACAUCAAUAUUCGAAUUCACUCGCGAAACUUUUUCGGUAAACGUUUCAUAGAAUAUGGCGCAACGAUUAAACACAUUGACCGUCAGCGUAGUGGAUCGGAGGCCUGCGAUGGUUUUAAAUGGAACAUUCUAGAUCAGUUCAUUCUAUCCCUGUGUGACGUCCUUGUGAUCAGCAGGAGCGGGUUCAGCAUUCGAGCGAGCUAUAUCAACAACAGCACAGACUCUACUUACAUUCUAGAGAAUGGAAAAAUUUACCCCUUUUAUGAAUGAAUGUUGUGUGGUUUUCAUUGAGAGUAGAGAGAUAUCAACCCACGCGUGUGAGUGUAUGUGUGUUGUGGGUGUAUUUAAAUAAACAAAUUGUAAAGAUUGUGACGCGAGAUUGUAUAGAUUGUGAUGCGACCUGUGAAGAAGUUGUGUGUAUCAGGAAAGAGUACGAAAGUUUAAAUUUGUCUUCGUCUUGUCGAGAUAGGAAGUAGACUAGUCUACACAUGGAAUACA